GCCAACUCACACUACACGAGUUUGGUAGCCAGCCCCGCGAAAGAAUUCACGAAAAAGCCGGUCAUAUAAAUAAGUUGGAGAAUUGAAACUCGUUUUCAGUCCUCAGAGUACAGUGCACUGGGAAAGAACACAUUCCUCUUCCAUCCAACCGAAAUCUCCAGCAUUCUGGGCACAUUGAAUCAACUUUGGAAGUCCUAAAUAUUUGAUCAACUCAUCAAUCUAAACAUGGAUUUGUACUACCUUCCGGGAUCUGCCCCCUGCCGCAGCGUUCUCCUGUGUGGAAAAGCUCUUGGCCUUGAUUUUAAUCUCAAAACUCUCGAUUUAAUGGCUGGAGAGCACUUGAAACCGGAAUUCCUAAAGAUCAACUACCAACACUGCAUACCUACUCUUGUGGAUAAUGGCUUUGCACUGUGGGAAUCUCGUGCUAUCCUCGCCUAUUUGGUGGAGAAAUACGGAAAGGAUGAUUCGCUGUACCCGAAGGAUCCCCAGAAGAGAUAUUUUGUGAAUCAGAAACUCUACUUCGACAUGGGAACACUCUACCAGCGCUUUGCGGAUUACUACUAUCCUGUGCUUUUUGCAAAGGCUCCAUACAAUCCAGAGGCAUACAAAAAGAUGGAAGAGGCUGUUGGUUUCCUCAAUACGGCUCUCGAGGGAAAAACUUAUGCUGCUGGAGAUAAUCUUACUAUUGCUGAUCUUGCGCUGGUCGCUACCAUUUCAACCUAUGAUGGCUUCAAAUUUGAUUUCUCGAAGUAUCCCAAUGUGGCUAAAUGGUAUGAGACGUGCAAGAAGAUUCCAGGCUAUGAGGUGAAUCAAAAGGGUGUUGAUGAGUUUGUGGAGAAAUUUGGACCACUGCUUCCCAAGUUAGUCAAGAUGACUAUUGAUUUUUACUAUUCCGCGCUCUCUGCACCCUGUCGGAGCAUCCUUCUUCUUGCCAAAACCCUUGGAAUUGAAUUAAAUCUCAAGCCAAUGGACUUGAUGGCUGGUGAUCAGUUGACACCAGAAUUUAUAAAGCUAAACUAUCAGCAUACAAUUCCAACUCUCGUGGACAAUGGUUUUUCAAUUUGGGAAUCACGUGCCAUCCUCGCUUAUUUGGCGGAAAAGUACGGAAAGAAUGACUCGCUCUAUCCGAAGGAUCCUGAGAAGAAAGCCCGCGUGAACCAAAAGCUCUACUUCGAUAUGGGGGUGCUCUACCAACGCUUUGGUGACUACUACUACAAACCAAUCCAAACAAAGACUCCGUAUGAUCCUGCUGCUUACAAGAAAAUGGAAGAGGCUGUCGGUUUCCUCAAUACAGGCCUCGAGGGCCAAAAGUAUAUUGUUGGUGACACACUGACCGUUGCAGAUUUCGCAAUCAUUGCAACGAUCUCAACUUACGAUGUUCUCAAAUUUGAUUUUACACCCUACCCCAAUGUUGUUCAAUGGUAUGAGAGGUGCAAGAAGACCAUGCCAGGAUAUGAGAUUAAUCAAAAAGGUGCAGAUGAGUUUCUUGAGAAAAUCGGUCCUAUGCUACCAAAAUAAGUUGAAUUUUUAAUUGUUUUGGUAUUUCAAUGAAAACAUAAAAAUUGUUCACUCAAAAAAAAUUCUUUUAAUACAUGCAUUCGAAAAAAUUAAAA